AUCAAUUAAAUACUUUAAAUACUGUUAUCGGGAAACGAUCCCGAAAAAUAUAUAUAUGCCUGGAUUCAAACCUUUUGAAGCAGAAGAAAUCAAAGAACAACAACCAGAAAUAACAAUCAAAGAAAAAAUAGAAAAAGAAGAAGUAGAAAAAUACACAUUAGAGUCCUUGGAAUAUAGAAUAAACAACAUGAGUCUCCUGGCAAAUGAUGAUUAUUUAGCUUCAGUUGUUGAAUCUAGAGUCGUGGAUCUUCCUCCAGAAACGUCACCAAACCUACCGAGUAUUCCUCCCGAACUACUAUGUCCACAAUGUUUGGAAUUGUACGACAAGCCGUUAUUUCUACCCUGUUCUCAUACUUUCUGUAAAAACUGUACUGAAAUGUUGAUUACAACGUCUGAUUUAGUUUUACAGAAAAGAAGCAGGUUUAUAUGUCCGACAUGUCGAAAUAUAAUUAAAUACGGACCAGAAGGGGUUGAUUGCUUACCCAGGAACGUUAAUUUAGAACAAGCAGUUGUGAGAUUCAAAGUUGAAAGUAAGACUCGAUAUCCAGAGUGUAGUCGUCAUCGACAAUUUCACAUGGAACUGUUGAUGUGGUGCGAAACAUGUGCUUGCAAUUUAUGUCCACUUUGUGCGUUGGAAGACAGUCAUAAAGACCAUAAGAUCGCACCGCUGAAAGUUCUACAAAAAUUCAAAGAGAUUCGCCGGCGGUUGAAGCAAUCAACAAAAGUUUUAACAAGCAAGAUCGAAACGCUAGGUGGCAAUAUUUUGGAAUCUCAAAGUGUUGUGUCAAGUAUAGAAAUGAAAGGAGAAGAUCUAAAAAAGAGGGUCGAUGCUGAGUGUGAUGAAAUGGCGAGACAAGUUGAAAAAAGAAGACAAAACAUGUACAAAGACAUAGAGAAGGCGAUGCAUAAAAAACAAUGGAAAAGACAGCAAGAAAUUAAGCAGUUACGAGUUGAAUAUAAGCAGACCAAGGAACUCCUGGAAAAAAUUUCAAAUGUUCUUGACAAAGACGGACCAACAGAUUUUAUGAAAGAACUAGAAGCAAGUGGAUUAGCCAACAAAGUUGAUCGAUUAGCUAGCUUAACAUCAUGAUAUCAGAACAUCAUUUUCAUUCAUAAUAUCCAUGAAAAUUUAUUAGUAAACUAUGUUAUCACUCGUUACCGAGUCGUGCAUGUCAAACGCAAAAGCUAGCCCCUUCAAGUGCUUUGCAUGUAUUUUGCAUAUGGCGAUUCUCAGAUUGUGCCUUAUAACGGGAUACUGAAAACUGUGUCAUUGAACAAAUAAGCAAUCAGUAAAGUGCUUUAUUUGGCCCCCAAUAAAGGGUUAACUGUGCAGAACAUUUAUAUAUAUAUAUAUAUAUUUCACCAUUUGCAAGA